AUGACUCAAAGCCCAAUCCCCACCCUCCCCCGCGCAAGCCCAAACCUAAGCCCAAACCCCAGACAUCAUCCCCAACGACAAGACCAAGAACACGAAGAAGACGUCGGCCUUGACAUCAAGGAGAUCGACAAAGUCCUCCUCUCACGACUACUCCACCAGCACUCACCCACAGUGCUCUCGCCAAUCGAGCAGCAGACCUUCGAUGAGCAGGCGGCCGCCGCGGCCGUCACGACAGAGUACGUCGAUUCCUUCUGCGGCCGCGUGAUCAAAUGUGGUCUCUCCGGCGAUUGGGCUGGGGGGGAGGGGGCGUUUGAGGCUCGUGUCGAGGAGGCAAGGGGUGUUAUGAGGGAGGAGGAGGAGGAGGAGGAGGAAGAGAUGUGGGAUGCGUUGGCGGAGGGGCAGUUGAUGCGGGAGUUGGAGGAGGCUGCUGAGGCUGCUGAUGCUAAGCUGAUGCUGUUGAUUUUGAUGGGGAUUCGACUCUGUUUUGUGGAGUUUGGGUUGUGGGUGGGCAUUGGGUUGGUACUCUUGUUUAGUUGGAUUGUCUCUUUUGUGAGCUUGGGAGGUUCGAGCCCAUCUUACCGGUACACCGGUGCUUCAUCAUCAAUGUUCAAUGUAUACUGUCACACUAGUCAGAUAACGAUAGCUUUUUUAAAUUUCUCCUCUCAAGCCAGCUUCCGUCUGGCAUACGGGCUGGAAUAUGCAUUGCAACAAGACCACCGGUCAGUGAUUCGACUGAACCUGCAGCACUUCCUCUGGCGCCAAGUGUUGGGCUUCCACGUCCGACUCCUCGUCCUCGUGCUCUCGGGCGUGGGCCCCAAGCCGGUCCUCCGCCAUCUCUUCCAGCUAGUCAAGCCGGGAGGCUAUCUGCAAUGGGACGAGUUGGACUGCGUCAACAUGUUUGUCGAGACGAAGCUCGACUACUACGAUGAGCCCCCAGAGUUGAUUCGCGCAUUCAACGACCAGCAUCUGCUGACCAUGGAGGAGUUUGCCGCGCGAUUGGCGGGCCAGGGCAGAUUGGAGGCCGCUGCUCAGUUCUUGCAGUUGAUUCAGACUGGGUAUCGGGAGCUGCUUACGCCCGGAACUCCGUCUGAAUGCAUGCCGAGCACAGUUUGGGAGCUGACAGGGCCUGGUCUGGUCUACCUCAACAGACAGGAUGCGCUCCAGAUGUCGCCUCAACCACAAUUACAGAUCUAUAACUACAUUGCCUCGGACACCGAGGAACUCACCUUCCAGCCCUUCCCUCUCCUGCCUACCGAGCUUCGGCUGAAGAUAUGGCAGUACUCGCUGCAACGUCCGCGUCUCAUCCAAAUAGGGCUCAUGCCAGCGACAGACACAGAUGCACCCGAUGAACCUCCCGCGAAAAGCUAUCGCGUGGUGGUCAGCAGCACAUCAUCACUGAGCAAACUGCUGCGCGUCAACUGCGAGGCGCGGGAGGCCGCCCUACGCUUCUACCGCGUGCACAUUCCCUGUGACUUCCGAGCCCACGACGACCAUACGCCGCCCAAAGCCGGGGGGGCGUUCCACUUCAACCCCGAGUACGACAUUCUGCAGCUCCACGCCAGGUACCCAGUCAAGGCGACGCUCCUUGCGUUCUUGGAUGAUGUGAAGAACACCUACGACCGCCGCGGGGUCGGCCUUCUCAAGCUCGCCCUGAAUCUCAAUGACCUAGAAGCGCAUGACCUCGGCUCGUUGGAUUCGGCCGACGUAAGCCUUCGCGCGCGGACCGCGUUUGUUGAGACUCUGACGCAGCUGCGUGAGGUCUUUUUCAUGGAGGUCGCGCGGUUUGGCCGCCAGGUUCUCGGCUGGUAUAGUGGGCUUGACACCCCCGAGACGUUCUUCAACCGCUCGUUCCCCAUCAUGGUCACGACGACAACCUUUGAUCGUCUCCCCCGGGACCCGCGUGAUAUCGCUGAGGAUCUGAAGCGUGUCUUUGUGGGCUGCAUGGAUCCGCGCGUAAUGUUCGAUUUCUGGGGUCGGCUGCUGCUGCGGUGGGGCGUGUCGCCCUCUCAUGUCCAGUAUCGGUUUCUUCUUUCGUUUGAGCCGACCAAUGGACAAGUUCAUGAUCGUGUUAGUGCGGAGAAGUGGCUGCUCAAGGAGGAUCGCAUCUGGAAGGGAGAACCUCACGACGACCGUUCGACGGAGGAGAGAGACGAAGAAGCACAGGAGGAUCCCGGCCCGCUCGGUCAGUUUCUGCGAAGGUGGAAGCAUAGGUGGCCCGUUGGGGCCAAGCAUGAGAAAUAUCGAAACGAGGACCUGGAGAAUGCCGUUCGGCCGGCGUUCGGAUUCUGGCUCUUUCCCCUGGAAGCACUGGGGGUCUCACUGGACUCUUACAAGGAAGGAGGCGGCUUCAUCCAGCCAGAGGGAUGGCAAUGGAAAGCCAAGCAGCUGUUGGAUCUGACAGGACACUGGCCGGAGUUGGCUUUGUUGGGCCUGCCUUGAUCCUUUUUUUUUUGGCUCGUUCAUGGCAAUCUAAGUCCUUUGGGCCAAUCUCCUACCAGCGCGUGUAGUUGUUCCGUGACUCGGUCUGUCACUUU